UAUCUGAACGCAUCAAAAUCUUGGAUAGUGGAAUUUAUCUCAAGAAUGUCGCUGUCUCUAGGAAUUAUGAUUUGGAAAAUGCUGAAUUUGCUGUGGCUGAUAAUCAUCUGUUGUGUUACGAGUCAGAUGACCUGUUCAAAGAUGAUGAUAAUUCGCGAGACAGACAUAAACUCGAGCAGCUUCAGCAGUUCAAACACAUCUUUUACAGCCAUAAACAUGACAUGUUCACCAGGGUAUGAAAUACUGAUAGGAAACUUUUGCAUAGUGGAUGUCCAACAAAACACAUCUGUCCUGGGAGAAUGCAAUUCAUACCGUUUCAACAUAACAAACGAUGGGGGGAAUUAUAAAGUAAGAAUGAAUGACAUGGUUAAAAACAUUAUAAUGUGGUUUUUACCGAAUGGAUCUCGAUGUCUUCCAUCAGAAGUCCUGAAUUCAUCAGGAUCCACAUCAAAUAAUUAUGGGACUUGCCAGACACAGCAAAGCAGCUCCACCACCACCCAAUCUAUUUCCACCAUUACUAACAACCCUAGCAGCUGCCCUAACAGAUCACCCAUCAACACCUCCUGCAAUGCCAUUUAUCCAGAUGCAUGUUGUUUGAAAACCCCUCCCGUUAAUCCUGAAAUUACAUGUAGAAACGCCUCAUAUGGAAAUGAUACAUGCACUGGGAACGAAAAAAGCAGAUACAUAAUGUAUUUAAAUGGCAGUGAAUGGAUGUGUGUGACCUGCGAUGGUGAAAGAUCGACAACUCCCCAGCCAACUACUAGUUCAACAUCAUAUACUACAACUAACACUCCAACUACUAGUUCAACAUCAGAUACUACAACUAACACUCCAACUACUAGUUCAACAUUGCAUACUAUUAACACUCCAACUACUAGUUCAACAUCAGAUACUACAACUAACACUCCAACUACUAGUUCAACAUUGCAUACUAUUAACACUCCAACUACUAGUUCAACAUCAUAUACUACAACUAACACUCCAACUACUAGUUCAACAUCAUAUACUACAACUAACACUCCAACUACUAGUUCAACAUUGCAUACUAUUAACACUCCAACUACUAGUUCAACAUCAGAUACUACAACUAACACUCCAACUACUAGUUCAACAUUGCAUACUAUUAACACUCCAACUACUAGUUCAACAUCAUAUACUACAUCUAACACUCCAACUACUAGUUCAACAUCACAUACUUCAACUAAAACUCCAACUACUAGUACACCAUCACAUGCUAGUUUCAUGACAGGUUGGACAACUCCCGAGCCAACUGUCCCACCACCUGAGAUAAUUUUCACUCUAUCUAAUAAAACAAAUCAGACAAACACAGUUCAAGUUCAAGACCCCCAAGAGGCAGUAGAAAACUUGGAAAAAGUAGAGUCACUGGUGGAGGUAAUGGAAAAAAACAAUAAAACCAAUGCGGCGAUUGUCAUGGGGGAUGUUAUUGGCGUUCUCCAAAGACAACCCAGGGACAAGCCAACCAAAGACAUCAACAUAUGCUACUCUUCGAACCAGAACAUGAUAAACGUUGUUGAGAGCAACCAGGCUGGUUAUCCCUGGUCUGUAAAGAUUCCCAGAGAAGCCUUUAAUAAAUCACGUCAAGAAAACAAUGGAAGUGCAUUUGUUGGAGUUUUACGAUUUAAAAACAUGGAAAAUAAGGAUAAAACUCACACUGUUUUGGGCAAUGAGAGCUAUGGAAUAACGAUGGGUGCCAACAUCUCCAACCUUACAGACAAUAUUGACAUGACCAUUCAAAAGAACAAUAAACUGGAUGGAAAUGUGUCCUGCGUUUCUUGGGAUGGCAAAGGAGAGCUUAAUUGGACAACGUUCGGCUGUGAGACAAUAAUCGAAAACAACACCAUAAAGUGCUCCUGCUCACAUCUGACGUUCUUUGCAGUGCUGAUGACCUCUCAGUCAGAUACAAAACUCACAUCUUCGGAUCUGGAAUCAUUGACCUUAAUUUCUUCUAUCGGCUGUGGCAUCUCCAUUUUUUUCCUGUCUAUCGGUUUAUUCAUGCAUUUCCUGCUACGGAAAGCCAAGUCAAAUCAGGCAACGAAGAUCCUGAUGAACAUGUUUGUAGCUUUGUUUCUACUGAAUGCCUCAUUUUUGUCAAACGAGAGCGUCGCUAACACAAAAGACAACGCUGCGUGUGUCUUCAUAGCGCUGCUCCUGCAUUACUCCAUGCUGGCCUCAUUCACCUGGUUCUUCAUUCAAGCUCUUCAUAUGUACUUAUGGCUCAUCAGACAGAACGUCUCCAUCACAAACUACAUGAGGAAGAUCACCGUGUUGGGCUGGGUGUGUGCCGCUCCGAUAGUCGUAGGUAUUGCUUCUGGAGGAGAAUAUAAAGUAGUGACCCUCAACAGUACGUCUGGAAAAAUCGCACACAUGUGCUGGACUACAAAUCCUUAUAUUCACUACAUAGUGAACAUCGGCUACUAUGCUUUAGUUUUCGUCUUCACGGCAGGAAUCUUCAUCAUGAUCGUCACUAAGGUCUUUCAGGCCAGAAAAAUAAAAACUGUUGAUGGCAAGAGAAAGACGUUCAGAAAGCAGCUGAUGAUGGUGUUGAGUUUGUUCCUGCUCUUCGGUCUGACGUGGUCUGUGGCGUUCUUCAGUUAUGGACCGAUGCUCAUUCCCUCAUAUUACAUAUUCACUGUGCUGAACUCAUUACAGGGGUUCUUCCUCUUCCUGUAUUACUACCACAUUCACAAUGAUGUCGCGGGUCAGUUCUCUGAUGAUCCAGAAAACACUGACUCCAACACAACCAUCACUCAAUCCGGCAUUACUGCUGUGGAAAAUAUUUAUCACUAGUAUAAUUAGGACAGAAGGUCUUCUUUGUAUCAGAUUGAUUUCUUAAACUGAUUUGUCAUUGUUUAAGGGAAAACAGUGUAUUCUCACUAAUACCAAGCUCACAAACAAUACAAAGACAAAAGUAACUUAUGAAAAAGAAGAAUAGUUUAAAAUGAUGCAUGCACAUCCUAAAAUAAUAAAUUUUAGAGAAAAAACUCAAAAUAAUUGACUGACAAUUGUUAAUGAAACUUUAUUAUUGUAGAAGAAUUAAAUGUGAUAUAACCUGAUAUUCCUGAUGUUCAAUUUAUUAUAGUUAUAUAAUAAAUAGUUAUAAUCAUCAUUCUGUCCUCUAUAUGUGAUCAUGUGCAUUUCAGAAAGUCUCAACCAACACUAAGUUUCUUUUACGAAACAAAUUUGCAUCUUCGAUCUUUAUUAGCUAUAGGAGCUUGCGUAGAUAGCUCAAUUGGUAGAGCAUUGCGUUAUCAAGCGCAAGGUUGGGGGUUCGAUUCCGCGGGAACACUUGAUAGAUAAAAAUUGAUAGGCUGAAUGCACUUUAAGUUAUUUUGGAUAAAAGCAUCUGCUAAAUGCAUACAUUUAUUUAAUUUUACUAUUUGGUAAAUGAAAACAACAUAUGAAACACUGUCAGAUUGAACUAAUGUUUUCUGCAUUAUUUAAUGUGGUUUACAUUUACAGAUGCUGUUAUCUCUGAAUGACUGUCAUUAAGCUAUAAAAUCUCAUCAUUCUUCAUCAUGAUGGACUUUCGAUACUCCAAAAUUAUUUAUUCACUUCAGUCAAACUUGUAAAUAUGUGAAUGUACUUCAAAUAUGUGAAGGACUGCACUUCAUUGUUUCUAUGAAAAAAGUUCAAACUUGUUCAAAAAUUUCUGUAUGGGAAUAUGAAUGUAAAUAUUGCAAAUUAAUUUAAACAUGGUCUAAUUGCCUCUAAUAAAGGUCAAGCUUUUAUUGAAAUUCUGUUUCUACAUUUAUAUAUAUGUACACCGAACAAAAUUAUAAAUGCAACACUUUUGUUUUUGCUCCCAUUUUUCAUGAGCUGAACUCAAAGAUUUAAGACUUUUUCUAUGUACACAGAAGGCCUAUUUCUCUCAAAUAUUGUUCACAAAUCUGUCUAAAUCUCUGUUAGUGAGCACUUCUCCUCUGCCGAGAUAAUCUAUCCACCUCACAGGUGUGGCAUAUCUGUCAUGAUCAGGUCAUUGAACUUCCAUCUAUUCACCACUAGAGGUCAUCAUCCACAACACAGACUCUCACACUACACAGUACACACUGGACUACAUUUCCCAUGCUCCACUGCACACAUCACAUUCACCUGAUAACAAUCACACCAUGCACCUGAGACCAAUCACAUGCACACAGCACAAUCGUCGGACACGCUUUAUAAGUAUUGGACUUCCCCUCACACAAUGCCAAGUAUUGUUCUGCACAUAUCCCUCACCUAGCGAUAGCUGCGAUAUCAAGCCAUUCCGUGUUUGUUUUCAUAGUCUUUCAGUUUAUAGUUUUCUUAGUCUUGUCUCUGUUUCUGUUUUUGGGAAGUCGUGGCCUAAUGGUUAGAGAGUCGGACUCCCAAUCGGAAGGUUGUGAGUUCAAGUCCCGGGCCAGCAGGAAUUGUGGGUGGGGGGAGUGCAUGAACAGCUCUCUCUCCACCUUCAAUACCACGACUUAGGUGCCCUUGAGCAAGGCAUUGAACCCCCAACUGCUCCCUGGGCGCUGCAGCAUAAAUGGCUGCCCACUGCUCCGGGUGUGUGUUCACAGUGUGUGUGUGUGUUCACUGCUCUGUGUGUGUGCACUUCAGAUGGGUUAAAUGCAGAGCACAAAUUCUGAGUAUGGGUACCAUACUUGGCUGAAUGUCAUGUCACUUUCACUUUCUAGUUUUCAUAGUUUAGUCUUUUUCUUGCCUUGCCCUGUUACUCAUGUUUUGACCUGUUUGCUUUGGAUACUGGAUUACCCCUCUUGCCUAUCCCUUGCUUAGAUAUUGUUUGCUCAUCGAAGACCCAUGCUUGCCCUAGGAUUAUUCUUGUGUCUUGCUCUCUAUAUAAAUGUUUGACCCAUGCCUGUUACAACCAUUUCUCUGUCUAAUAAAAGCUUGCAUAUGGACCCACAUGUCUCAUGUUUCAUCGGCUCCCACGUUAUAAUAACAAGAUGCUAAUUAGAAAGCAUGAUUAAUGUAGAUGUGUGCCUUAGGCUUGCCACAGUAAAAGGCCACUCUAAAAUGUGCAGUUUACUGUACUAGGGGGUCCGAAAAGUAUUUGGUGUUGCGGUUAUGAGGCCAGUUGGAUGUACUGCCAAAUUCUCUGAAACACCUUUGGAGAUGGCUUAUGGUAGAGAAAUGAACUUUCAAUUCACCAGCAACUGCUCUGGUGAACAUUCCUGCAGUCAGCAUGCCAACUGCACUCUCACUCAAAACUUGCAACAUCUGUAGCAUUGUGUUGUGUGAUACAACUUCAUUUUAG